CACAAGAAUCGCACUGGACUCUUGUAGCAAAGAUUGUGCUGAGGUGCAAUGUCGACUUCCAAGCAAAUAACACCAAACCCUUUGGCGAGAACGCCCACGGCUGCUCCCAGCCAAGACGGAGCCACGGUGCCUUUCUCAAACACACCGAGUGUUUCCAAUGUAAAGACGACAAGAGAAACUUCGACACCAACGGAUCCAUUGGACGCCUCUCAGAGUAUGGGAACUACGUCAUCUGCAUCACACUCAGCAUCACAUAUGGAACCAACAGAUCAAGCGGUUUUGAAUUAUCUCAAGAACAAGGGUCUGGGAUCGGCUGUAAUGGAAUUGACAAACUUACUGAAACGAGAUACUACCACAGCAAAUGAAACAUCCUCCGCCACCCCCGUCGCCAAAUCGACACGGGAACGUCUCGCCGAGGAUGACGUCGUGGUGCGUACGCAGCGCCAUUUGUUGACCAAGUCCACGGGGGGUGGGUACGGGUACGAUCGGGAUGCGGCGUGGCCAGUUGUACAGUGGGGCAUUCCGGAUAGCACUUCAACUGCCGGUAGAGCAAAGAAGGCAAUGGGAGCUGAAGAAGCCCAAGCUUACUUGGACGCUUUUUGUCGUUUACAACUCUGGGUGCUGUCGUUACCCGAGUCUUCCGGCGACGGUACCGUUGUAACGCCUUACGAAAAUCCUUUGGAACGAGCGCAAAACCUGCUGCAGGCUGAUCAGUCAGUUUCUUUAAAAUCAGUGAUCCAGGAGCUCGCCAAGCCGGCUACAGCGACUUCUAGUGAUAGCGCUUCCGAUGAUUUGUUUCAGUUGCCUCCAUCGGUAAAGCCUGAGUUGCUUGCUGUUACCUUUGCAUUGCUUGUGCACACUUACUGUGAACUACUGGAGUUUGGUAUGGAGAGUACCGCACAUGUACUUCGAGAUGCAUUUACUCCCAUAUACGAGCCGCUGUACCCGUCGGAAUAUCGUGAUUUAAAGGAGUGUGUGACAACCGAAGACAUGAUGCGCCUCAACUCUCACAAUUCGCAGCAUAUGGAAGCGCUGGCUAAUUUGAAGUCUAUUCUCGUACAAGUUGCUUCUUUUCAGAUUCGCCAAGAGGAACUUAAGACUUCCGCGGCGGUUAGUAACGGAAGUUUAGACCAGCAGCAACAAUCUGCCAAAGACAACAAAAUUGCCGAAUACGAUCGGAAUAUCAAUCUUCUGAAAGCUAAGUACAAUGAACUCUCUCAACGGGCCAGUGUGGCAUUUGAUAAAAUGAUCAAUUUGCCCUUUUUGCGUCGCGCCCGAGCUGUUCGCUGGCAACUGACGCUGUCAACCCACGCAUAUAGUAUGUUCGCUUCGUUUCUGGUUUCGGAGGAAUCGAUGUUGGCCAUGAGUGCUUUGUUACAAACAAAAUGCGAACUGCAUGUUGAACGCAGAGAUCCUUUACCGUUUACACCGUCAUGCGUCAUGGACGAUCGACGAAAAAAAGACAAGCAAGGCGUGGCGCGAUUGGAUUUGCACGAUUUGCAAAUUCAGUGGGCGGCACCUGCUCUAAAGUCCAAGCAAGAUGAACUCAUCGUCACUGAGCUUCCUUUUCCACGAUACCACAUGCAGAGCGAGUACGAGAACGAACGCGCCGCGAUGAGAGACAGACGAGCUGUUGAGUUCAAUCGAGCUUUGCUUGUAAAUGGCUUUCGUCGCCUCGAAGCUUUAGAACGCAAGCGCGAGUUUGAAUCUUUGCCAACUCUCUCCAAAAAGCGAGCCUUUGAAGGAGACUCGGAUACUUUUAGCGCCAAGGCUUUGCAGCCUACCAUUUUGUUGACGUCGCUAAGCGCUAGUGGGUCAGGUCCCAUCCUUCGGUCGACCUCAACUGCAAGUGGGUCUCGUAGUAAUGCUUACACCGAUGUUUCCUCCAUAUGGAACGAAGCUGGUAUUGGCCUCUGUUGUUCAAAGAUCUGUCCACCAGACGGUCGUCGAGUUGCUGUUGGAUGUGAUGAUUCAUCGGUGCGUAUCUGGGACGUUAUGGACAGCAAUGCAGAGCCUUACCAGGUGUUACUUGGUCAUAAAAACGGUUUCCCCGUUUUUGAUUUGGACUGGAAUCGGGAUGGACGGGCUUUACUCAGUGCGGGAGGUGACGGCUCAAUCCGACUUUGGGAUACGGUGGCCUCAGGUCCCUUUGGCGAUUCUAUUGGACCUCCAGAUUCCUUGCAAUCGGGCAAGCAGACUUCAAUAUCUUCAUCAGAGGCGAAUGGAACAAAUAAAAAUUCCAAAGGUGUAUCGAAACUUACGGAGCUCUCGAUGGCUGCUGAGGCUGAUAUGAGCGUCCCUGGAUCUCAUCGUGAACCUACUCACCGAAACAACGGAGUUGCCUUGGCUGUAUACCGCGGUCACACACCCUCAACACCUAUUUGGUCCGUGUCCUUCUCCCCAUCGGGAUAUUAUUUUUGUUCCGCUGGCGGUGACGCUACAGCUCGUUUAUGGACGACCGACAGAUCUAUUCCCGUCCGUCUGUUUUGCGGGCAUACGAACGCAAACGUAAAUUGUGUCGAGUGGCAUCCGAACUGCAACUACGUCAUAACUGGGAGCGACGAUUGUACCGUUAGGCUUUGGGAUAUUCAAUCGGGGCGCACGGUGCGUUUAUUGACGGGAUGUGCUGCCGGUGUAAACGAAGUAAAGAUUUCACCCAGUGGGCAAUAUGCCGCCGGUGCGGACUUCAAAGGCAUUGUGCAUCUGUGGGAUUUGGGGUCUGGCAAGAAAUCCUUGCGGAACUGGCUUGGCUACGGGGGGUGA